UCCAUCAAUAUGUUUGCUCAAUGUGAUAUAUUUGGAAUUUCGAGAGAAAAAAAAACAAUGGGAACAACAGAUCAAUCAAAGUUAAUGUUUUCGAAUGGUCUUAGUGAUAGUAUGGAUUCAUCAUCCGAUGAUGUUAUACCGAUGCAAUCAAGAAGAAGAAAACGUAGUUUUACACGAAAAAAUCGAAAUUCUAGAUUAGUGUCAUCAUCAUCAUCAUUUCUGAAAAGCAACUAUUCAUAUGGGCUGUGUACAAUGUUCAAAUUUGUUUUUGUCGUAUUCAUACUAAUAUCUGUCAUCAUUGGUACGGUAGUCAUGUACAGUCUAUCCAAACGAAUGGAUUCUCUUCAACUUUCAAUCAGUGGAAUACAAUCAACCAACAAGGAUCUUCCUGAUGAUUUACAUUCAUUGCAUUCGAAAUAUAAAUCUUUGGAACAAGAAUCGACCAACCUAAUAAAUCUGAAUAAUGUCAUCAUAACAACAUCGAAUCUUACUCAACAGACUGCUCAACUUCAUCAGAAACUCAACCAAUUGGAUCAGGUUAUUGAUUUGGGUCCCAAUACUAAACAAUUGCCAACAGAUGUUGAACAAUUAAGAAAGAUGAUUGCCGAUAUAAAUACUCAAAUUGGCUCAACCGAUAAUGAUUCGAAAUUGUGGAAAGAACAGCAAAAAAAUCUAGAACUACGAAUGAAUGCAUUCGACAGUAGAUUGCAGCUAUUGGAACAAAAUUUAUCAGCAAUGUCGAAUAACCAAUCGAUAUGGAAUCAAAAAAUUGAACAAUUGAUUACUGUGAUAGACAAUCAAAUGGCCACGUUGAAUGAAUCGUUUGCCAAUCUAAGUACAUCGCUAUCCAAUAUGUCUAAUGAGUCACUAAUUGAACGACAUUCCAUUCAUCAAAAUGAUGAUGAUAAUCAACAUAGUGAGGAUAUUUCUGCUAAAACUAAUACAUUGAUUCCUACUACUACUCAUUCAUCAUUAGAACCAAAUGAAGAACCGAUCGGUACAGGUCGAAUCCAUAAAAAAAUGUUUGCCAAUAUCGACAAUCUGACUGAAUCCGAUAACGUCAAUCAUAUGUGAAUAAUGAUAAAUGAUGUAUGAUAGAAUUAACUUGCCAUAAAUCAUUUCAUUUCAAGCUUCUAGUCAUCAUAUUAUUGAAUGAUAGUGUUGAUUGAUUUUUUUUAAAAAUUAAAUUCAUCAUUUAUUUGGUAUUAAUUAAACAAUGAUAUUAUAAUGAUCAAUAAAUUUUGCCAUUGAUUUGAUGGGAAAUUCUACGACAUUCA